AUUUGGGCGUUAUCGCAAAUUAAAGCUGAUCUAUGAUAGACCACACUGUUGAAACGCACGAUAUUAUUCACAAAUAGGCCUACUUAGUUUUACUUUUAUUGCUCCGCCUGGAACUGUGAUCCAUUAAUCGUCUUGCCCUUAAUCACCGGGCGAAUCAGACGAGAGCUGCAAGUUGGGCGCAACUUUGAAUUCUGUGCUAGUUAGCGUCAUUUUACGUUUUUUAAACAUCCUAUAGUUUAACAGGAACCAGGGUUUAUGUUAGGUAAAGUAAAUGCGACGAGUUUCCGCGGAACAGAUAGUGUGCUUAUAGAGACUUUUGCCAAAAGCGCAUGGAUGAGGACCGCUCCAGGACUAUAGGACACCAACUAAGCGAAGAAAACCCCUUCACUCUUUAGUCCAGGCUGCAACCGGACAGAGACCUGAGGUUUAUGUUGAUACGGUUUUCCAUUCUUCUUUAAUCUCAGUGCUUUAAGCUGAUUUAUGUUCGAUCCGCUGCCCACGCGCGCAGUUCAAAGUGCGUCUCGAUGCGCAAAUUGUUUCACUCAAUCGGAGUGUUGACGGGUUCGGUCCAGCACCUGGUGCCCAUACGAACUGGCUGACAAGCUCAAAUUAAGAACUGGACAUCUGAAUAUCUUCAUUUUUCUGUCACAUCUCAAUAAAUGGGGAACCUAGAUAAUUGCUCUCUAAGGGAUUGUGCUUUCUGUUAAACUCAUACCGCACCACUUGUUUUGAAAUCGGUAGGCUACACCUUAAACAAGACCAUGAUGUUUUUGAAAUUGCUUCUUCCACUGAUGUCCAUCGUUUUGACACGAGGUGUUCAUGGUCAGAUGGUCCAGAUGGACAGCAGUAAGUCAGGAUUUGUGGGCUCACAGGUAGAGCUACGCUGUCAGUUUGUCAACAGCAACCCACCUGUAAAAAUCUCACAGGUCACCUGGCAGAAGCUAGUCAAUGGCACUAAGCAGAAUGUCGCCAUCGCCAAUCCAGCCCUGGGGGUGUCAGUACUGAGCCCCUUCAAAGAGCGUGUGCGCUUCAAGAACCCCGCCGUCCGCCAGCGCACGCCUUCCCUGGAGGACACCACCAUAGUCUUCAGCAAACUAAAACUGUCGGAUGAAUCCACCUACAUCUGCGAGUACACAACCUUCCCAGCUGGCAACAGGGAGAACAUGGUUAAUCUCACUGUUUAUGCUCGCCCUAUGAUCCAGAUGAGUCUUUCCACACCCUCCAUAGUGGCGGGAACCAAAGAUCUGAAGAUGACUGUUGCCACAUGCGUUUCUGCCAAUGGGAAGCCACCCAGUGUGAUCACAUGGGAAACUGAUUUAAAUGGAGAAUCCAACACCCAGGAGAUACGCAACUCUGAUGGGACUGUCACAGUGCGCAGUGAUUACUUGGUGGUUCCCAGUCGAGAAAUACACCAACAGCUGCUCACCUGCAUCUCCACAUAUAAUGACGAACAAUACACAGACAGUGUAACGCUCAACAUUCAGUAUGAACCAGAGGUGAUAAUAGAGGGCUUCGAUGGGAACUGGUAUUUGAACAGAGAAAAUGUUCAGCUCACCUGCUUGGCUGAUGCCAACCCACCCAUCUCAUUGUUACAGUGGAGAUACUUGAAUGGAACUAUGCCGAGUACAGCAGAGCUUCGUGACGAUGUGCUGAUCUUUAAAGGUCCUGUAACCUAUGACAUCGCAGGCACAUACAUCUGUGACGCCAGCAACAGCAUUGGGACAGGCUCUGCGUCCGUUGAGGUCAUUGUCACAGAAUUCCCUAGCUAUCCACACGAGGUGUCUCAGGAGCCACAGCAAGAUUUUGCCAUCAUUGGUGGAGCUGUUGUUUGUGGCACAGUGCUGUUGGCCGCCAUUACGCUCCUGGUAGUGUUUUUAUAUCGCCGGAGAAGCAUGUUUAAAGGAGAUUACAAUACCAAGAAGCAAAUCCUUGGAAAUGGUUACAGCAAGGCUGGCAAUGUGCCGUCACACCCCUCAUUACCUCACAGUCUGACCUUUUCCGAAGACUCAGAUGAAGAGAAGAAGCUGGGAAUUUACAGAGGCUCCAGUAUCUUAGGAAGAAGUGUUCAGGAGUUCCACAACUGCCAUGACAGCAGGAUGAAGGCCUACCACAUGGGACUGAUCGAGGACCAUGACAGAUGCGGACAUAGUGAGCAGACUUACAUUUAUGAUUACGGAUCUGAGGUGGAGGUCUCAGUGGACAUGAUUCCUCAGAUGGACGGCUCUGUCAUCUCUAAAGAAGAGUGGUAUGUGUAGGACUCAAGACUUUGAGCUUCUCAGCAUCUUCUUGUUCCUUGUCAUCUUCUUCCUUUUGAAGCAGGCUUUGGGAUCCAAACUCACAAUGGAUUCAAUUCACCUAGAGGACAUUGUUGACAUGAAAAUCCAAACUGAUGAUAAAUGUUUGGAGAUGGGCCAAUGAAUGGCCACAUUGUUGACUUUGCCUGAUAAAAUUUCUCUGUUUCAAAACCUAGCGAGCUGUUUACAGCAGUCAUCGUAAUUAUGCAUAGAUAUUUGCAUAAUUAUAUGCUGCGUCUUGAAAUGCCUAAUUUUAGACCAAUUCUAAAUCAGCAUUACAGUCUCUCACAUAGAAUGAGAUGAAUAUGUGUUUUAUUAUGCAGUUCUAAGUUAUAUUUCUUAUACUUAAAAAUAACGAUAUACAUAUUUAAAUGUGAUUCAUUGUUUUACCAAUGUGAGCUUUGAGCUUAGCAACGGCUAACUUCAAACUCUAUUGAAAUUUAUAGUGAUUUGUGUUCUUUCUUACCCCUUACGAAAAUUAGCCAUGGUUUGACUAUACUAACCACAGUUUAACCAUAGUAUUUGUAGUAAAAAACUGUGGUUAUACAAAUAGUAAUCAAUAGGCUACACACACAAAAAAAAAAACAUGGUUAUAGCCUACUACACUUUUACUAAACCACUAUUUAUGUGCUGCACAGAGUUUCUGCCUAUGUUGGCAUCGUAAAUUGGUCAUUUUCAGUGUUGUUUAGGAUGCUGGCUCACAGGGUUUUCGAAUAGUGCUGUUAGCUUAGCAACAUACUAACUUCAAACUGUAUUGCAUUCGGUUGUAAAUUGUGUUCAACCGUGCAGAGUGCUUUUUAUGUGACACACUUAAUUCCUACCUAUGUUGGCAUCCUAAAUUGGUCACUUUCAAUGUUGUUUAGGAUGUUGAAUCACAAGGUUUUCUUACAGUGUUAUUAGCUUAGCAACAUGCUAACUUCAAACUGUAUUGAAAAGUGUGUUGUUUUCUGUGUGGAGUGUUUGUGCUGUUCUAAUAGCAACAUGCUAACUUCUAUUGAAAUUGAUUGUGAUUUGCGUUCCUUAGUAUAGAGCACAAUUUACGUGGGACACAGAGUUUCUAUGAUGGCGUCCUAAAUCAGUUAUUUUCCAUUACGUUUAGGAUGCUGACUCACUAGGUUUUGUAACAGAGUUAUCUCUAACAUAAACUAGGUAUUUGUUUGGAAGAGAAUACAUGUCUUGACAGCGCCGUUGUAUUGAGAAAGAAUUUUCGCCUCGGGAUAGUGUUUACUUAAGAGCAGUUGAAACUUCACUAUAACCUAUAAAUUGUGAAAGUCUUACACUGUGCAUAUAAUUUUGUGCAUGAUUCAUGGAAACAUUGCCUUGUUUUGUCAGAUAUUGUGUUUUUUGUUUAUUGAAACAGAAUAGUGAAUUUCUGGCUGCUGUAAUCACAGGUUCCAUAAUACAGUACAAUAAACUGCACUGCAGUAGUCAAAUACCACCUAUAAAGAACAUAUACGUGUAUAUAAACAAUCACACAAUUCAAAUAUGGUUGUAGCUUUUAAGAGUCAGUGAGUCAAUGCAUGUCUCAGUGGCUGCAAUCUACAAUAUGAGUUAUUGAUUUGUAUUUGAAGUUAAGAUGUUAUGAAAACAUUGUACUAUAAAAGAAAUAGCUUUGAAAUGCUAAAUUAUUUCAUUUUUGACACCGAGGAACAAACUGGUUGAAUGUUGUAUGGUCUUUUGCAGGUGGUCUUCAGCUAAUGUACUGUACUUCCAUAUGAUGUGCUGUAAAAUUUCUAAUACAAUGUGUUUUGUGCUAAUUGGAAAGAUUUAUGAGUGUUUUUUUCCAUUUGUAAAUUUCUUUUAGAAAGCAGCAAAAAGGUCAGUUUCACCAUAAUGAUAGAAAUUGCCCUACUGGUUCAGUAACAUAAAUUUGUUAAUAUAACAUUCAGGAAACUCUUGAUGUGUUUUUGUGUCCUUUAUGUGUUAAACUUCAUUAUGCUGCCAAGAACAUAUUCAGAUAUACAGUGUUUGUUUUUGCUGUACUUUUGUCAUUUGUAUUUAUUGUAAAAUCACAAGUGUUAAUAAGUCUUGUGAAUUCUCUGCUGUCAAAUAAAAAUGGUAUAAAUCAAUUGUUAAGAUAGUCAAGAUAAAAAUGUACCUAUAGUGUCUUCAUCGUCUGAUUAUGAAUAAUGUUUUGCUUCUAAUAUAUCAGAAUCAAUAAAUGAAUAAGCACAU